AUGGCAAGACGAUCAGGAGCUAAGAAGAAGAGCAUACAGAAUGACAAUAAGGCACAAAUUGCCAAGUUACUGGACACAAGGCGGCAAGAUAAAGGAAAGAAUAAUAACAAAAUCACGAAACCUACCAAGAAUAUUGCUAAAUUAGAGGAUGCUUUCACAAAUGUGAUGAAGAAAUUUGAAAUUACAGAUAAUGGACCUUUACAUAAAGAUAUUAAUCAUGAAUCCAAGGGUGCUGAUAAUGAAAUAGGCUCUGAAUUAGCUAGUUUGGUAGAAGCUGAGUCUAGUAAAAAUAAAGAUAAAGAAGAAGAAAAGAAGAAUGAAUCAACGGGUCCAUCUAAAAGAAAACAAAGAAUUAUGAAUAAACCAUCAUUAUCACAAUUGAAAAGUUCCGUUAUUCAUCCAGAAGUUAUAGAAUGGUAUGAUUGUGACGCACCUUAUCCUUAUGUAUUAGCAUCUAUUAAAGCAUCUAAAAAUGUAAUACCGGUUCCGUCUCAUUGGCAAACAAAAAGAGAAUAUCUAUCAGGAAGAUCAUUGCUAUCUAAAAAACCAUUCGAAUUACCAGAUAUUAUUAAAAUGACAGAUAUUGAACAAAUGAGAUCUACUUUACCAACACAAGAAGAAAAUGAAAAAUCCUUGAAAGAAUUAGCUAGAGCAAGAGUUCAAGUGAAAACAGGAACAUUGGAUAUUGAUUAUAGACGAACGUAUAAUAUUUUCUUUAAAAUCGGAGCUCAAUGGAAACAAGAUUUAUUAUUACCAUUUGGUGAUAUGUACUAUGAAAACAGAACUUUACAUGAUGAGGCUCAAUGGAGAAAAAUGAUAAAGGAUAAGAUUCCAGGGAAAUUGAGUGAGACUUUAAGAACAGCAAUGGGUUUAGAAGAUGGUCAAUUACCGCCUUGGUGUAUGGCAAUGAAUGAAAUAGGUAUGCCACCAGCUUAUCCAGAUAUGCAAGUUGCAGGUAUAAAUUGGGAUAUCUCAAAUUUAAAAGAUGGUAUAUAUGCAAAAGUGACACCAUUACAAAAAAGUCGACAAAAAAGCAAAAAUCAAAAGAAUUAUUUUGGAUCAAUAAUAUCGUUUGAAAAAGAUGAUCCACUAGAAACAAUAUAUGAAAAGAAAGUGAAGGAACCUGUUGCUGAAGAUACAAAAGAAACAGAAAAUUUAACUGCUAAAACGGAUAACAAGACUAAUGAUGAUAGGAUUCCCUUAACAGAAUUUGAAACCAAACAAACUACUCCAAAGGUUAAUGAACAAAACGAAGAGGACAAUCAAGAAAAAUCGCUAUACACAGUUAUUGAAACUGAUACUUCUGGUGAAAAAUCAAGUUUGACGGGAUCUGUGACAUCAUAUAAGCUCAACAGAGUAAACAAAACAUCAGAUUCUACUAAAUUACAAGAAACCAUAGACGAUACAGAGCAAUCUGAAGAAGAACUUGAAAAAUUUAAAUUCUAG